AUGCACCGCCGAGCCCCACUAGCAGGUUGCGCCCCCUGCCCCAUCUCUAUCUGGCUCCCUGCUCCUCCUCGACCUGCGCGAGCGGACAUGGGGCUCCACUCUUCCUACUCGUACCAACCCAUCGAGGCUCUGGCGCAGUACUGUGCGCGCGACGCACCCAAGAGCUCCAAGGUACAUGUUGGUGCCCCUCCCAAGACAUUGGCGAGGACGAAAGAGGACACUACAGAGCCUUCCCUGCCGGACUCCACUAUACGAGCCGUAUCCGAAGAGGGCUCUCCCCCCCAAGUCGCAACGCAAGCACCUCACCUGGCUGUGUCAUGUUCUGCUCGCUCGCUCCCCCUCCCCCCGUCAAAGACGGCACAAUGUUGCCAGUGCCUAGGACAUGUCUAGUGGAGGCUUUGCAAGAUGAUCUGACUGCGAAGUGGGGAUAUGCGAUGAUACCAGCACGACACCUCGCGUCUUCCGUCACGGACGACGCGGCCUACCAAGCAAGGUCGGAAUAGGGGAUUCGUGCCACGAAGGCACGAGUCUAGGUGAAUAGACGAGAUAGGCCACUGUGGGCGGUCAGGGCUGGCAGACACGGAGAGAGAG